AUGGCUACAGAAGUAUAUCCAAUGGAUAAAACGAUCUAUCAUGGAGCCACGAGCCAUGUACAAACCGCGGCAGGACAGUCUAAACCAUUCCGCAUAAAGGCCGACGUGCAUCAGGGAUCGGUGCUCUCUCCUCUACUCUUCAUCACAGUUAUGGAUGCAGUGACGGAAGGU